UUCAGUUUCCAGUAUUGAAAUUUGGAUUUGACAUUUGUCGGUAAAAUGCUUGUUUUACUUCCGUGUACAAACAAUUAAAACAGGAGAAUUUCUUUAUCUAAGCAAAAGUCAAAAUGUUUUGCAUGGUUAGAAACCUCGAUAAAUCCAUCUUUUGUUCUGGAACUCAGGCGAAGAGAUUUUUCACGACUGCAUGGACUGUGCCUGUUGAAAAGAGAAAGCAUGUUUAUGCAGACGUAAAUACACACAAACCAAAAGAGUACUGGGAUUAUGACGCUCAUCCUAUGAAAUGGGGUCGCUUUGAAGAUUACAAAGUUGGAGAAAAAUUGGGGAGUGGUAGAUACAGUGAGGUGUUUGAAGCAACAAAUACCAGAAACAAUGAAAAAUGUGUCAUUAAAAUUUUGAAGCCUGUGAAGAAGAAGAGAAUAAGAAGAGAAGUAAAGAUUUUGGAAAACCUACGAGGAGGACCAAAUAUAAUCUCGUUGCUGGACAUGGUGAAAGACCCUGUUUCAAGAACACCAGCUCUUGUGUUGGAAUAUGUGAAUAAUAGAUACUUUAAAACCUUGUAUCUAGAAUUUUCAGACUAUGAUGUAAGAUUUUACCUCUAUGAAUUACUGAAAGCAUUGGACUAUAGUCAUCAAAUGGGAAUUAUGCACAGAGAUGUAAAACCAGCAAAUAUCAUGAUCGAUCAUGAAAACAGAAAACUACGCUUAACGGAUUGGGGACUUGCAGAAUUUUACCAUCCGCACAUGGCGUAUAAUGUUCGAGUUGCCUCAAGGUACUUCAAAGGACCAGAACUUUUACUAGGUCAUAAAAUGUAUGAUUACUCUUUGGAUAUGUGGAGUGUUGGGUGUAUUCUUGCUCAGAUGAUAUUUAUGAAAACCCCAUUUUUUCAUGGACUCAACAAUUCCGACCAGCUGUUUCAAAUCCUAAGAGUUCUAGGAAUUGAUGAUCUCAAUUCGUACGUAAGGAAAUAUCAAAUACAUGUAAAAUCUAUCUCAGGAAAUGAUCUUAAGAGGAUACCACAUGUUAGAAAAAAACUGGAAAAAUUUGUAAACAGUAAAAAUCAGCAUUUAGUGAGUGUAGAAGCAUUAGAACUUUUAAACAGACUUUUAUGUUAUGAUCACCAAGAAAGACUAACUGCAAGGGAGGCAAUGGAUCAUGCAUAUUUCUACCCAGUCAUAAAAGAACAAGAUCAGGAGGGUAUACCAUCAUCCACAACAAUGUGAUAUUCAAAAAUAUGAUGCAGUGGAUUAAAGGAGAUUUUCAUUUUUAUGGAAGUUGUAUACUGUAAAGCAGCUUUUAUUUGUGUGCGAGAAAUAUUCUUGAGCUUUGCAGCUUACUCAUAUUUAUGAUUAUGGCAGUGCUUGAACUGUGAUUCACCAUUUCACCAAUUGCAUUUUUUUUUUCGUAAGUGGUGAAAAUGAUUUAUUUGCAAU